AUGACGGUUGACUGUAAAAUAAAAUUACCGAAGAAAACCACCAGACGAUACCCAGUAUAUGAGCUUUAUCUCUAUGGGGAAGGAAACUAUGCUGAAGAAAACAAAAAUCUCCUCUUGACAGGAAUUCCAGUUCUCUUUCUUCCUGGGAAUGCUGGCAGUUACAAACAAGUACGUUCUCUUGGCUCCAUUGCACUUAGAAAAGCAGAAGAUGUUGACUUCAAGUAUCAUUUUGAUUUCUUCAGUGUCAACUUUAAUGAGGAGUUGGUUGCAUUGUAUGGUGGUAGUCUGCAACGACAGACCAAGUUCGUGCAUGAAUGCAUAAAAGUAAUUCUUAAGUUGUACAGGGAUCGAGAAUUUGCACCGACCAGUGUUGCAAUAGUAGGUCAUUCCAUGGGUGGUCUUGUUGCAAGAGCGUUGCUCACUCUGAAGAAUUUUAAGCCUGAACUUAUAAACCUCCUCAUUACGCAAGCCACACCUCAUGUUGCACCUGUAAUGCCUUUAGACAAAUAUCUUACUGAUUUUUAUACAGCUGUAAACAAUCACUGGAUUCUAAAGGCCCAAGAUUUAAGAAAUUUAACUACCCUUUCUGUGGCGGGAGGAUUCAGAGAUUACCAAGUUCGUUCAGGACUGGCUUUUCUACCAAGAUUGAGUCAACAUGACAGUGCCUUAUCUGUUGUGAGCUCAGCUGUUCCUAGAGCCUGGGCCUCAACAGACCAUCUCUCCAUAGUGUGGUGCAAAGAAUUGAUCCUGGCUACCAUUAGAGCUUUUUUUGAUCUCAUAGAUGAAAAUACAAGGCAGAUAACUGAUGAUCCAAAGAAGAGAAUGUCUGUACUGAAUCAUCACUUUGUGAGACACCCUGCAAAGAUAUUUGAGGAAAAUCCUGAAGCUUUUACGGAACUCACAGGAGCUUUCAUGUGGAUUACCGUCAAAGCCUCAAAAUGGACUUACUCAUUUUACAAUGAUUCUGAUGGAAAAUAUUUCAUAUUUCCUCUUGCAAGCCACAGAAAAUCAUACAGUCAUGUUUACUGUGAAAACAGUAUGUUGGACACAAGUAGCUGGAUUUAUGGCUGUAUGAACAGUAAUUCAUCGAUGUGCCUGGAAGCUACUGAUUUAUCCUGGAGAGCUGAGUUACUUCCAACCACCAAGGUUGUAGUACUGAAACUUCAGGACUAUCCCUCUUUGUCCCACAUUGUCAUUCAGGUACCACCCACAGUUGGCAAAAAGUACACUUUGAACUGUGAAUUCUUCAAAGAGGAUUCCAGAACAGUACAGCUUCCUGUAACGCAUCUUUUUUCAUUUGGGCUUUCUUCAAGCAAAAUUCUUUUAAAUUCAACUGGCUUACUUUACAAUGUACAGCUCCAGCACUUUAAUCAAAUAUAUCAAGCUUUCAAAAUUUAUAUAGAGAGCCACUGCCAGUCACUCAGAGAAAGAAAACCUAGUGUUUACAGGCUUCAUAUACCCUGGUCACAUGAAGACUCAAUAACUGUAGCGAAAGUUCCAUCUUACACUGAGAUUUCUGCAAAACUGCAUACAGCUCAGCCUCAAAACGACAACAGGAUACCAGAGUUAAAUAUUUACUCUUCUUCAGACUGUCAGUAUGAAGUAAUUCUGAAGACGUCACUUUUACAGAUUCUGGGGCAAAUAAUAAGGUUCCAUGCUGGUGCUCUUCCUGUCUAUGUUGUUUCUAAUAUUCUUCUUACUUAUGGCGGACAAUUGAGCACAUUGAUAUCAACAGGCCAGUGUUCAGACUUCUCCCUUGAGCUAGUCAGGACAGCUAGACCCUACAAAGUAGAACCUCUCAUAAGCAUUGUUGUGUUUCUGCAGGGGUUUCACUGGUUUAGAGCGAUAUGGGAAUCACUGUCACUACCAGAGGUGGAUGCUGCUGUACUGAGUAGUCAGGAUGCAUGGUUCCCCCUUGUGUCCCUGAUUCUAUUUCUUUUUGGGACAGGCAUUGCUUACUGGAGUGGAGUAUUUUUCUCUGCAUCUCUGAGACUCUUCUCUUCAUUAUGGUUAACUCUGAUUAGACCUACUGUACUUCAUAAAGAUAACAAGUUGAUUACACCCAGAAGACUCUGCGGGGUGUUAUCCCUCGCUUUGGUUAGCUGGACCACUUGCGGUGCAUUUGCUGUAUUCAUUAUUUAUCUUCAAUACUUGUUUAAGGUUAUAAAACUACACGUGAAUGUAAGAGUAGAACAAAACAUGCUUAAAGGGGAUUCAGACCACUCAAAAGAAACGUCACGGAACUCCAAUAUACACGCAGUCAAAAACCAGAGUUCAAUGGACAGUACCUCAAAAGCAACGCAGUCUCCUUCCAACAGUACAACAAUUGCUGAAGCCGUUAACAGUCUUAAGAUGCACAUCACAAUUCUCAAUUUAUUCACAUGGAUUGUGCUGCUCAACUUGCCAUCUCUAAUUUAUUGGUUAAAAAAUCUCAGGUACAGUGUUAGACUUGAUCCCGAUCCGUGUAGAUCUACAGCUAUUAUCCUUGUAUGCAUUUUAGAAAUUCUCAUGAAUUCAAGUACUUCUGAAGUGAAAUCAAGUAAACUCUUGAAGAUCGCAGCCAAAGUUCCACUCCCUUUGUCUGUUGCAAUGUUGGCCUUUGGACGAAUGCAUUUAUACAAAGUACCACACUUUGUAACCUUUUCUCUUCUUCUACAUGUGCUGUGUUGUAUUGUGUAA